UUCAAACACGGAAAUGCAUGGCUUAAAUUUGUUACCGUGUGGACUUAACAGUUGGCUGCACAGUUUGCAAAUAACGACUCCAAAUAACUGAGAAGGAAACUUCGUCCAUGAUCUUUACUUUUUCAAAGUACAAAUCUUUACCGUUAAGUGGUUCAUAACUGCAACGAAUUCAAGAUCAGGUCUGGCACACCUGACUGGGAACAGCAGUUGAAAUUCCACUGGAAGGCUAACGUGCGUCAUAAUGGAUCUGUUGAUAACCAUGGCGCCUAUAACGAGUCCUGAUGAACUGGCUGGUAUCGUUGUCCUGGCUUUAUGUGCUGGUGGUCUUAUUCUUCUGUCCUGGCUGUUCAUGUUGAAGCAUGGAAGUCAAGAAAGCAGUGACGAGGAGUCUGGAGGAUUCGAGCUGACCGACUUGAAACUGCGUGAAUUAUCAAGACAGAUAUCAACAAAGUGGAUAGACCUUGCUCUGCGUCUUGGUUAUACACAUAGUGAGAUCAAGAUCUUUCAGGCUGAUAACAAGAAUGAUACCACUGCGCAGUGCUGGGAAAUGUUGGUUGCUUGGCGCAGGAAGCACAGCGACGAAGAAAAGGCAACUGAGAAAUUGAAGCGAGCUUUGGUCGGAGUCGAGCUUCAGGAAGUGGUACAAAAAAUGGGAAACACAGGAGAGCAGACAGGAAGUGGUGAAUGACGCAAAACUGGAAAUAGUAACGCAGCUCAACGCGCCGCGGAUAAGUGUAAGGAG